AUGGCUGCAGGUGGCAAGAAAGGCUCUGCCCUGGCGGCGAACCCGCAUCACCCGUCCACCCCGCAUGGAAGUGCCCACGGCCGCCACGCCCUCACCGCCUUCGGCGCUCGCCGCGGCGGCGAGCUCGCCUCCUACAUCCAGAAACGCGGCGACCUCACCUCUCAAGGUCGGUAUCUCGUCAUCGGCGACGGCUUGAUGGCACCGUUCAUGGCGCUCUGCCUGCGCGUGCAUGGGCUCGAGUGCGACCUCGCCCACCAUCCGUCGCAGAACGACCUCGACCGCGGCACAAUUGUGCUGACGCCGUCCGUCACGCAGCUUAUGGGCGACGUGCUCAACGUCUCCGUGCCGUCUGGCAGCGUCGUUGGGCGUGUGCUCACGUUCGACCACGUCGGCAACGACAUGUGCGACAUCGACCUCAACGAGUUUCGAGAGAAGGGCGAGAGCCCGACGUUCUUCUGCUGUGACCGGGUGAAGGUGGAGUCAGCACUGAUUUCGCUGUGCCGGAUCGGUGCGCACAGCUGUAUGGUGGUGCCGAAGCCUCAGAUCGACAAGGGAGGCCUCGAGGCCCUCGAGAACGGUGGGGUGCGGGUGCACUUUGCCAGCGGUCUGCAGCAGGAUUACCUCGGGGUCAUCUGCACGGCACGCAACCAAGAGCUGGUGCCGGAGCUGACGAUCACCAACGAAGAGCUGCAAGCGCGUGCGGAGAACGCUGAGAAGUACCGCGAUACUUUUGGCAAGUCCGUGCGGUGGAUGGAGCUGUGCGUGCCGCCGCUGCCGGAGCUUGGCAAGUUCGAGAAGCGCUUCACCCCCGGCUCGCAGGAGAUUGUCGAGAUUCUUACGCCGCGCGACGCCAAGAUGACGGUGCGGCCGACGAUGAUGGCCACAAAGCUCUUUUACAACGUCACACUCACCAUCCCAGACGCCACGGCGGACCCGCGACUGAAGAGCACCAGCACAAAGCUGUUCUGGGACGAUGUUGUCAUGCACUGGACGUCGGGUGUGCCGGGGUACAUCUCGCACACGAUGUUUCGGCCGAUGUUCACACACCUGCAGCAGAACUUCACGAAGUCCAGCGCGCUUGUGUACCGCACGCCGCUAUUCUUGAUGCCGCACUGGUCAGAGGGUGGCGGCCGCGUGAUCAAGGUCGCCCACGCCGCGCACGGCUCGUGCUUCGAUGCGGUGGACGUGUCCGACGCGCAGAGCUUCACCGACUGCUUCACCCUGGCGCGCACGAUUGCCGGGGGUGAGGACGUGGCGGCGUUUCUGAAGGAGCGGCGGCUGCAGGUAAUGGAGGAGAUGGACCACCACUCCCGCCUCACCUAUUACGGUCUGAAGGAGCGGGGGCAGAUGGCGUACAUGAUGUCGCGCUUCAACAUGAAGAUCAUGCGCAAGUACAAGAAGAGCUGGCGGUCCAUCUUGCAGAACUACGUUACGCUGAUGCCCAAGAGCAUCCCGAGAUGA